UGCCCUUCACACCAUUGCCCGCUCGCGUAGGGCCAGAGGCGCCUCAGAGGCUGAGCGGGGCAAGUACUUUCCGGGCCGUUUCGCUUUCACUUUUCAUUCCUCAGCUGGGGCAGAGCCGAGGAGCAGCGGCAGCGGCGGUGGCCUUGGUUCGAGCAGGUCUUCAGGCUGUAUUGCCCUGAGAUGGUGAGCAAGCAAGCAGAAGUAUUAGGCCCAGUCUUCCUUUCCAUAUUAUUCUCCAGAGCAUGAGCAGGUGAAACAAGAAAGGAAGAGCUGCUGCCUUCAUUUCCCUGAUUUGUGGCAAUCCCGAGCGACAAGAUUUCUAACUCUGGAUCCCAUAACAACCUGGCAUCAGAUUGCUGUUUCCUGCUCAGAUUUUUACAUUGAAGAAGAGUAAAAUGUUCUUAUUGCUAAGCAUUUUAAUUUUUCUAUGCUAUAGUGAGACAUCAUGUUCACUUGCCAGAGAUGAAAGCAAUCCUUUUCCUUGGAAUAAAAUUAGACUUCCAAAGCACGUUGUUCCAAUUCAUUAUGAUCUUCUUAUUCAUCCAAAUCUCACAACUCUGUCUUUUACUGGAUUGUCCAAAAUAGAGAUUUUAAUAACCCAGCAAACUAGUUCAGUCAUCCUCCACAGCAAAUAUCUUCACAUCACCAAAACUACUAUCCACAAAGCAAACGACAGUGUUGAUACAGCUAAAGGAAUGAUGGUUUUAGAACACCCAACAUUUGAGCAGAUAGCACUUGUUUCUACUGAACCUCUACAAGUUGGACACAGCUACAUUAUUAGCAUUGAGUACUCUGCUAAUUUAUCUGACAGUUUUCAUGGUUUCUAUAAAAGCACAUACAGAACUCUUGAAGGGGAAAUAAGGGUGCUUGCAUCAACACAUUUUGAGGCAACAGCUGCACGUACGGCCUUUCCUUGCUUUGAUGAACCUGCAUUAAAAGCAACAUUUGCUAUUAAGAUCAGAAGAGACCCAAAGCACCUAGCACUAUCUAAUAUGCCUUUGGUGAAAUCAGUAAACAUUAAUGAAUGGCUUACUGAAGACCAGUUCGACAUCAGUGUAAAGAUGAGCACUUACCUAGUAGCCUUCAUUAUUUCAGAUUUUAAAUCAGCUACCAAGAGGACCUUGCGUGGAAUUAAGGUUUCAGUAUAUGCUGUGCCACAUAAAAUCAAACAAGCAGAGUAUGCUUUGGAUGCAGCAGUGAAACUUCUAGACUUCUAUGAGGAAUAUUUUGGCAUUCUGUAUCCUUUGCCAAAACAAG